AUGGCAUUGCCUCUCCCACCGGGCCUGACGCCCCCGGAAAUUGCGUUCUUGUGCGAAAUGGAACUUAUCACUAUCAUACCGCGUCAAAGACUCGAAGGACUUGAGCUGCUUGGAGGCCCUCUAAAACCUCUCAAUCCGCCUCACAGAACCAACAUCCCCCUCUGGCUCGCCCUCCUUCUGAAGCGCCAACGACGCGCCAACAUCAUCCCCCCACCAUGGUUGAACACACACUCCCUCACCGCAAUCCUCGACCACGAAAUCGAAAACGAGGAAACCUUCUCUCCACCGCCGCGCCUACCACCACAGCCGUCGAACAACACGUUACCUACCUCACCACCAUUCCUACUGACGUCUACGGCGGAUGCGGCGCCAGAUGCGCUACCGUAUCACUGGCUGGAGUUGGGAGAGAUGCUGUUGGAGGCUGCGAGCGACGAUUUUGAGGAGCCAGAUAAUGUAAGGAAGUUGCUGAGGGGAUUGAGGGAGGUGAGGAUGGCGAAGUUGAGGAGUGGCGUUGACGUGCUGGAUUCGGGGGGUGGGUUUAAGAUGAAUGGCGUCGGGGGCAUGGAAGUUGGCGAAGGAAGGUCAUUUAUUACAGGCGUUAUUGAUGGCUUGAGGUUGGACAGGAAAAUCGCAGCAUCACGCGAGCAGCAACGCAAGGAUCGGGACCGAGAAGAGCUGGAGAAUGGAUACUCUGGAACAGCAGGCGAUUAUGACGAUGAUGAGAUGGACAUGCAAUGA